GAGAGGUGUGCUUCCUGAAGCUGCAGCAAGUGUGUGUUUUUUGUGUUGGUUGCUUUAAAAGCGUCGCCUCUGUUUGCGCUGCGACAGAUCCAGAACACACUCCACAUGUCUGCAGAACAUGAAGACAACAGCAGGAGAAGAUGAUCUGCAGGAUCCUGCUGCUCCUCAUCCUCACCUCAUGUGUCUCUGGAUCAUUUGUAGUCAAUGUGACACAGACCUCCUAUCAGGCAGAGGAGAACCACAACAUCACACUGGAGUGGACGUUCACCACCAACCCUGACAGAUCCAUCACUUCACUGAAGAUCCUCUGUACUCUGAUUACUCUUCAUAAGCUCUCAGUCCUGUAUCAUGUUCAUGAAGGUGUUGAGGUGUCAGAGUCUCAGGAUGCAAAGUUUUCAGGACGAGUCCAGAGUGACAAAGACGCCCUCAGAGAAGGACGAAUCAGACUUCAACUGUCCAGACUCAGGACUGAUGACUCGGGUCUGUACCUGUGUGAGGUCAACACUGAUGAUGGCUUCAGUGUUGGAAGAUGUCGACUCAACGUCACUGCAGCUGCUGAUGAGCCCAAACCUCAAACUCCAACAGUGAACCCACAGACAGAGAGUCGAGGAAGGAUCGGCCUCCAUGCUGCUCUCAUACUGACAGCAGCUGCUGCAGCUCUGCUCAUCACACUGUGCUUGAAAAACAACAAAAAAGAAACACAAUCACCAUGUAAACAGUCUCUGAGCAGCGUGCUCACCUCGACUUCUUCCUCUGAGUCUCAUCCUGCUGCUUCAUGUGACUGAGGAGCUCCCUGAACUCCACAGAUCCACAUGUUAACAGCUGGGUCUGCAGUGGAAGCUUUGUGGGAGCAUCAAGCUCAGUGUGAGCUGAGAAACACUGUCUGCAGUCUGCAGCCAUCAUCACAAAAUACUGAGGAAACAUUCAAAGCUCUGAUCACACAGAUCAAAGAAGGACUUUUCUUUUUCCUGGAGCUUCUUUCAUUGGUCUGUCAGACAUUUUCAGAGGAAUCUUUAAUAUUUAGCUCUUCAGUUUGUAGACUGAUUGAUCACUGUGCUGAUCUCCAAUCAGCUGUGAUCAAUAAUUACUGUUUAAAAUGUGCCUGAACUCAACAGGUCAAAAUAACUGUUAUAAUGA